CAGCCAAUCAGAAUCCACGACUUUUGCCGCUGUUUAGGGCGCCAUGUUUCAAUGGACAAAAACUUUUAUCAAAAUAUUUGCUGUAAUAUCGAUUUUAGUCGGCAUUAAACGAGUUUUACCAUCGGUGACGGAUCAACAAAUAUUUGCGGAUCGUUUAUUACUCGUACUCAGUCAUUUUAUGUCAGUAUUGUUGCGGCAUGAGUUUGUGAGACACUAAUGCGUCUCAUAGAAACACUUGAUUCGGGAUUAUGAUGUUUCUUUAGGACUGAGGCGACUCUAUCAAAGCUUUAAAGAUCAGCAGGAUGUCCAUUGAUUUUGACAGUGCAGCUUUACAAACCCAGCAGGAGGAAGAGGAGUAUGAUCAGGAAGACUACGCCAGAGAACAAGAGCUCCACAAGCUCCUGACUGAUCUCCCUGAUGAUAUGCUGGAUGACAGCGUAGACUGCUCCUCACCUGAGCUCGACCGAUCCACCUGCAGUCACCCAGAAGACAAGAACAGACCGCAGCAUGCCUGGAAUGUGCCACAAUGGGAGCAUCCAAGACCCUCUUCCCAUGAGGAACACUAUGAGGAGUACGACCAAGCCUCUUAUCAUGAGGACUACAGCUACAGGAGUCACACGUCUCAGAGCAACAGUCACCCACAUCACCUACAGACCGGGACAGAACAUUUACCCACCAGCUGGGACCCACAGAACUACCAGUACCAGAACGUAGACUAUGCACACUCAUCCGCAGGCACGGACGAGUCCCACGGCACUGACUUCUCCACUGGGGACGGGGCGGAACAGGACGCGUACCCUCAUAACGCUCUUCAACAUGGGGCAGGUUACCCUGGAGAUGAGGCACAAGUCCAUGGAGAGCAGAACAACAUCAGAAAACACUUUCAGGUUUUUGGCAAUGGAGAAGCUAGGAACAAAAACACUGAUGCCUACAAGGCCAGUUACCAUCCACAUCAACCUUCAAACCAGCCCAAGAUGUUCAGUCCUCAAGUGACCAGUCAGAAUGGCCACUUUGACCAGAUUCAGAGGGACUUCCUGGACUCAACUCAGAAUACAGCAGACGGUCAGCAGCUGGCGCAGCUUCAGAUUUUAAACCGAGCUCAAUCCAGACAGAUCGAGGAGCUGGAACAGAAACUAGAGGACUGCAGGAGGAGGAUGAGAUAUCUGGAGCACCAGUUUGCCAUUGUGAAGGAUGAGAAAGACGGUCUGAGCACAUCACUGAAGGAGUCCAGUGCACUAGUUGAGGAGGCGAAAGAGAGAGAAGCGCAGCUGCAGGGGAGAGUCAGAUCUCUGGAGAAACAGAUCCAGUCUCUCUCAGACAGAGAGCAAGAGAGCCUAAAGCAGCAGCGUGUGGCUGAGGCGGCGAUGGACAGCAUGAAGCAGCAGAUGAUGGAUCUGUGUCGCUCAGACACUCUGACACGAGCUCGUGAGCAGCACGAUAGAGACAUGGCCGCCAUCCGCGAGCAGUAUGAAGCCAAACUGCUCACCCUACAGCAGAAACUAGACGCACAAUCACAGAGUCUGAACGAGCAGGCGGAGGCAGGCCAGCGGCUGAUGGAUCAGGUCCGGCUGCUGGAGCGUCAGAGGGAAGAGGAUCAGGUGGACAGAGCCUCCGUCAUCAACACCCUCUCACAGCGCCUGGAGGAGAGCCAGCAGCAGUGUGCCAAACUGCUCCACACUGGCUCUGUUCAAGAGAUGAGUCAGUUACAGAUGAAGCUCCAGCAGGCUCAGUCUGCCCGCGCUAUCAGUGAAGACAUCAACAAAGCCUUGCAGGACGAGAUGACUGAAUUAAAGGAGCAGAUAAAUCUGUAUGAGUCUGCUAUUAAACAUGGAGCCCUGCAGUCUAAUGGAGACUGGGAGAACCAGAUGUCUGAGUCCUACGUGGACCUGGGGAUCAAGAAGUCCAAGUGGAGAAAUGGACGAAUCCACAGCACACCUCAUAUUGCAGAAGCAGGAGACUCUACCCUGCUGAAGGAGGAUGUGGUGCGAGAGCUGAAGAGCGAGCUGCAGCGCUGCCUGAGUCACCUGAAGACCAAGCGUCUGAAGAUCUCUGAGCUGCAGGAGGAGCUGCGACGCUCUCAGACUAGAGCAGAACAGCAGCAGACGCAGCUAGAGCAGGCUGAGAGAACCAUACGGGACUAUAAGGUGAGGGAGAGCAGCUUGGAGAAACACCUGGAAACAUCACACAUGACUGCCGCCCCUCACAAAGACCUCAUCAGACUGCAGGAGGAGCGGCAGGUGCUGCAGGAGAGAGUGGAGGCUCUGGAGAAGAGGAAUCAGGAGCUGAAGCAGAGUGAAGAGAAGGUGAAGGCUGCCAAUUCUGAGCUCUGCACCAAGAUGAGGGAGAUGAUCCAGGAGCUGGACCAGGAGAAACAGGAAGCAGCAGAGAGGGAUGAGAGGACUCAGCAGCAGUUCAGGGAUGACGUGGUGAAUCGUGUCCGGGAGGAGCUCACACAGGAGCACACGGCUCACAUAGAGCAACUCUCCAGCCAGCAUCAGCAACACAUCCAACAGAUCGAGUCAAAGCUGGCUGAUCUCAGUCAAGAGGUGUUAGCUGUGCAGGAAUGCUACAUUUCUGUUUGCAAAGAGAAGGACAAGCUGGAGGAAAAUCUGCAAAACAAGCUUGAAGAACAGACGAGACUGAAAGAAAAUGAGUUAAAGAGGCGAGAGGAGAGCGAGGCUGCUCUGGAGAGACUGAGGUCUGAUCUGGAGCAUCAGCAUCAGGAGGACGUGUCUCGGCUCAAAGCCCAGUGGAAGACAGAAACGCAGGCAGAGAUUGAGCUGCGGGUCAGAGAGCAGCUGGAAACGGCCAGAAAGAGCUGGCAGCAGGAGCAGGAGACGUUGGAGCAGUCGUGGGCUCAGAGGUUACAGGAGGCUGAGGAAGAGGUCAGGAGGGCCAGGCAGUCAGACACCCGUGAGGGAGCGUGUCAGACCAGCUCCUCUGAGACGGCGGAGCAGCUGGAGGUCCGGCUCAGCGCUCAGAGGGAGACCCUGCAGCAGGAGGCUGUGACGGCCCAGGACAGAGCCGUGGAGGAAGCAGUACGACACGCUCAGAGAGAGAUGCAGCAGAAACACACUGAUGACAUCACACUACAGGUUGAAGGUGCGAUAUCAAGGGCUCGUUCUCGAUGGCUCCAGGACUUGACCUCCCUCGCAGAGUACAAAAGCAGCCUGCAGACAGAGAAAGAUGAGUGGGAGCGACUUCAACAGCAGCAUGUCCAGGAACAGGUGUCCUCGGCUGUGAAGGCAGUGGAGGAAAGGUGGCAGGACACGCUCCGCACCAAAUGCGCUGAACUGGAGCAGUGUAACGUGAGAAAAAGUGAGCUCCAGGAGGAAGUGCUUACCCUCAGCACCCAACUGGAGCGUGCGUGUCAGGAGCAGGCUGGCCUCAUGAAAGCAGAGCUGGCUGCGGCCCGAGACGUUUGGAUCAGAGAAAAGCAGGAGGAGAUGUCCCGCCUCAGGGCGCAGCUCCAGAGAGAGCAGAAGCAGAAAUUACAAGCCGUCUUGGAGCAGAACCUGGAGCAAACCGACAAAGAAAGAGACACAGAGCUGCAGAAAACUCUCAGACAAAAGGAGCAGGAGUGGAGAGAUCAACAAGAGAUCAGACUGCAGCAGGAGAAGCAGCGGGUGCUGGAGGAGGUGCUCGGUGAUCUAAAGGAGGUGCUGCAGGAGGGAGUGGAGAGGAGAGAGAGCGGAGAAGAACUGAAGCUCAGCAGUGCACCAGGAAACAUUAGAUCCAGAGUCUGGGAGAUCUGCAGAGAGUCACUCAGUCGAACCAUCAACCAAGCCAAGCAGGAGUGGAAGAAGAGCAGCGAAGACAAGCUGAGACGUGUGCUGAAGGAAACCCAGGAGCGCCACGAGGCAGAGAUCGGUAAGACUCACAUCACGCACACCUCACACUGCUGGAUCAGCGCCUCUUCCCUCCUCACGCUUCCUCACCCUGCAGCUCAGAGGAAGCAGAGUGAAUGCACCGAGUCUCUGGCCAAACUCCAGAAGAAGAAUCAAGAGCUCCAGAGACAUCUAGAGAAGGCCUGCCGGCAGCUCCAGAGGAGCGUACGAGAGCACAAAAACACCCUGCAGAAGAUGAAAGAUGAGCACGAGGCAGCCCUGCAGAAGGAGCAGCAGGAUCAUCUCAAAGCCCUUGAGGAACUGAAACAGACCUCGAAUGCAGAUGCACUUUCAGGCCGUUCAGUCAGCCAGCAGAAUCUUCAAGCAGGUCUUGAGGAAAUGAAGGAGCAAUACAUGAAAGCCGUGGAGAAAAUCAAAGGGGACAUGCUGCGUUACCUGCAAGAGAGUAAGGAACGGGCAGCAGAGCUGAUCAGAACUGAGGUGCUGAGGGAAAGACAGGACACGGCCAGACGCAUGCGCAGGAGCUACCUCACCUGCCUGCAGGAGCUGCUGGAGGACGGAGGCCAGGCCGCAGGAGCGGAGAAGAAAAUCAUAAAUGCUGCUAGCAAACUGGCCGCCAUGGCCAAAGUCCUCGAGACCCCGGUGGUCAAACGCAAGCUUUCGAGAACCCAGAACUCUCAAGGUGGAUCAGAAAAACUGGACAUUGAAACCAGCGGUUCUCCUGCUAAAGUCCUCGGAGCUGAAGCCCUCAAGGAUGGUAAGGACAAGCAGAUCCAUCAGGUCCACAAUCUAACGGACACCAAAUAUACAUCCAUAUCGGCUGAACAGAAAGCCGUCAAACCUAAAGCCCUCGAACCAGAUUCUCUCAAGUCUGCAUGUGGAUCUCAAGACACUUUUACGGUUGCUCAGGUAACUCCGAAGCACACACACUUUGCACACAAUAGAGCUUUUAACAGUGAUGUCAGGACCCCUAAUGUCACACUGAGAAAACAGAGCAGGGAAAUGUUCAUGGAGGGUUUUGGAGAACCACCAUCGGUCCAGCCCUUCCUGAUCAAAGAAGCUCCCGUUCGGGAUGACGGGCACAGUGACUGGAGUUUAACCAGUAACGGCUCCAACUUCAUCGACAACAUUCACCUGACCUCCUCCUAUCCAGAACCUGGGAAGCUGUUCUCUGUUAACGGUGGGUUGGACUUUGGAAGCUCCAUCGGUGAUAACUCUGAUGUUACGAUGUACAAGGAGUUUGUUCAGCCUCUGUCUUACUCUAAACCCAAUGUGUGUGUGGACAGGAGAACAAAUAAACACAGAGAGCCGAUCCCUGGAUCUGAGGGACAUGGUGUCCGGAAAAAGUGUCCAAAGAGCUUAUUUUCAGAGUUGAAAGUGCGUCAGCAGGACAGUGGGUUCGACAGCCCAUUGGCACUGCCUCAGAAAUGAAGUUUGGAUUUGUUUGUACCUGAGCAAACAUAUUUUUGUAUUUAAAAGAGUUAAGCUUGUGCAAUGUUUUGUUUUGUUUUUUGUACGUGUUUGAGCCAAACGUCUUAGCAGUUGUACUGUCCGUGCAUGAAUUUGUUACUUCUUAACUUAAUAAAGCAACCUAGUUUUACAUUUAA